UUCCAAGGGCCACUAUUACAAGUUUAAAAGUUCCAUAGUGAAGUGUUUUGCAUAAAUAUUGCAAAAGGUGUGAAUUUGUUUGGUUUUUUAUAAUGCAAAGUGGAAAUGUUUGUUUUUAUUUCUUUUUUCUUCGAUUUCGAAUGGAAAUUUGAAACAUUUGCGUUCAACGGUUUUGAGGCGCAAUCAUUCAUAUGCAAAAAUCCUUUUUGCGCCAUAUAAUCCCUCACGGAUCAUUUAGUUUCCGGGACAGAGCGAUUCAUCCUUGGAUGAACGCUUUAAAAAACACGAAAUAAUUGUCACAAAUAUUUUAUUCAUUCUUCGAAGAAGUACGUCAUCAUUACGGGGGUGUAUGUAGUGUUGAAAUAGUGGGGGUAGAAGCAAGAUAGAAAGCAUUACAACGGUGUUUCAUCCCUUCAUUCCAAGUCUCGACGCUGACGCCGUAGCAUCGACGGCGUUCCACCAGGAUGCUGGCAUGCUGGCUUCUCUUCACUCUUCUGUCACUUUCGGACGCUUUUAUGGUGAAGGCUGUAAACGCUCGCGACGCUUGGCAAAAGCCCGGAUGUCACAAAGUCGGGCAUACUAGAAAGAUUAGCAUUCCCGAAUGCGUGGAAUUUCAUAUGACGACGAACGCCUGUCGAGGUUUUUGCGAAAGUUGGGCGGUACCGUCAGGACCUAAAGCCACUCCAACGCAACCUGUUACUUCCGUUGGACAAUGUUGUAAUAUAAUGGAGACGGAACCUGUUGAAGCUCGAGUUUUAUGCGUGGAUGGUGUUCGAACGCUAACUUUUAAAUCGGCCGUUAGCUGCUCUUGUUAUCACUGUAAGAAGGAUUAAAUGGAUUGGACGCAAGGGAGGCUUGAUGAUGUUUCUAGAGUUUAAUUAUGUAAAUGUUUAUGUACAUUUAAUAUAGAUUAUUAUUGUAAAUAUUCUACUGACUGACUGAAUUGUAAACUAACUUCAUUAAAUGUUACUUUCUACAA